AAGCUGGUCUGGCUCAGGGAAGGGGUCCGAGUUGACAGCUCGAAAGCGGGGGCGCCCCUAUCCCCAUGCAAUCCCAUGAGCUCAUGGACGUGCACUAACGACUGUGUCGAUGUCUCGUGGGAGCAUGUGCAAGCCCAAGUGCUCGUGGCCGCAGUGCCAUGGGUCUUGCUGUCUAUCACAGGGUGCGCUCUUAGCUGUUACCUCCCCUACAUGCCGAUCGGGGCAAACGCACGGCAACGCUUCACGUGUUAUGAGUCUGGCCUGUCCUCGAGCAGUGUCGGUGCCGCCAUUUCCGUUCUGUUUGUGCACUUGUUGCAGUGCGUUGCGUUCGCGACUCGCUCUGCAAGCCGCUCCGUUGACCAGAUGUAUUUUGGGAUGGAGGUUCUAGGCACUCUGUUUGUCUGCCUGGAUAUACUUGCAGCCUGGAUCUUCGUUGUCAGCAACGGCAUCACUGCGGUGAUGCGAGCGAGCCUGGGACAGCUGCUGCUGGACUGCCUCGUCGUGACGUCUGUGGUCGGAGUUGCGCUAGACGUUCCAAAUCGGGGGCGCACGUGGUUCUCUUUCUCUUUUCUUGCAGCUCUCAGGCUGGUGCGUAUUCUGAACCAUCUUUUGGAGGAUAAUCUCGGCAACGUCCGCUCCAGCAGCGCCUGGCGGAAGCAGGUGCUUUUUCAUUUGCUUCAGCUCGCGCUAUUCGUCUACGCUGUGGCAGCCAUGGUCAUGGUUUUCGAGUUGAUUGGCACGCCGAACAUGCCUGUGGAGAGUUGGGAUGUCGGUCCCAGCAUCUUUUUUGCUUUCUCCACCUUGCUCACGAUUGGUGACGUCGCUCUCAAGCCGAAGACCUUGCUUGGGCGGUUGGUCGCGACAGGCAUGACGGUCUGGACGGGGAUAUUUUUCGUGACAGCGGUGUACCCGCUCCUGAAAGAUCUGCUCCUCGGUACGCAAUGGCGGCGCAGGUCCUACAGGAAGUCGUGGUCGCGCCGAAGAGCGAGCCACGUGAUCGUUUCUGGGAACCCGACGGCGACCAUGCUGAUGGACUUCAUCGAGGAGAUGUACCACGAGAACCACUUUGACAGCGACGAGUCCUUCGACCAGCUGGCCAACGACUGUGUGAUCAUGCUGCCCAACGAGCGCACCCUCAGUCGGGUGGCUCUGCUGCUGAGGCUGCGCAGCUCCAUGCGCUUCCGCGACCGUGUGCUCCUGCUCCACGGGGAGCUGUUCAGCGCGCGCGACGCGAAGCGGGCGGAGCUGCAUCGGGCCCAGCGCGUUUUCGUGCUGCCCGACCUCGGCACGCUGGACGUUGCCACCGACGAUCGCCAGAACAUCAUGCGGACGUUCGCAGUCUGCCGAGCCACUCCCGGUAUUCCUAUCUACUGCGUGCUCCACAGGGCCGAGUUUGACACGGAGACGCUGGCAGCCAGCGGCAGCGCGAGUACAUUCUUGAGCGUCGAGGACACGAAGUUGUCGUUGAUGGGCAUGGCCUCGCUGACGCGCGGAUCGCUGUCCCUGGUCUGCAACUUGUGCAGGUCCGUAGGCUUCAGCGGCGACUUGAGCAAACUGGUCCCCUGGCAGCGCGACUACGAGCGCAGCAUUGGCAUCGAACUCUAUCAGGUGAUGCUUUCCGUAAGCUACCAUGGCUGUACCUUCGCCCAGGCCGCAGAAGACAUCAACGAGCGGUCAGAGGAUGGCGACGUGUACUUGAUAGGGUUGAUCGAAAGGAAGGUGGCCGUGGUGGACGGUCGCACCGUCAAAGUACCGAAGGCGACGAUGCACCCGGGUGCCCUGCACGUCCUGGAGCUCACUACCGGGGCCGUCUCCGGGGUCUUCAUAGCGCCCCAGCUGUCCGCAAUCUUGCAGGCCGACCCAACCACAGAUCCCACCCUCAAGAGCAGCAAGCUGCCAUCACAGCUGAUGUCGCUCGACAAGGGCCGCAAAAGUCGAGACGUCAAAUCUCAAAGGCUGGGCAGCGCCGCCGUCGGCCGCCUGGCCAAAGAGGACCAGAGCGAGGACCUCGUGCCUUUCUCGCCAAAGGCCAGCCGGCUGCGGGCCAUCGCCGCCGCCACCGCCGGCGGCGACCUCGUCGCCGAGGGCCUCACCCUCGGCCCUGUGGCCCUGGCGCACCUGACGGAGGGCGCGACGAUCCGCACCGGCGCCGCCUCCGAGGGCCAGGCCGCGGAGUCCGCCAUCCAGGAGGCACUGACGAACCGCCAGGACCAGCUGCAGCGACGCGCGCACCAGAAAGAGGCCUCGGGCGUCCCCAAGAGCAAGCUUGUCCUGGAUCGCGAGGCCGCGCUGGAGCGGAAGCUGAAGGGCAAGGUUCAGCAGUUCGCCGUCGACAGCUACGAGGCCGCCGUCCGCGACAUCCGGAACAGGAUGCUGGCCAGCGGCGCGGGCCCAGACGUCGUCGCGGGCGUCACGAUCCCCGACGAGGUCGUAGACAAGUAUUGGUCGGCCGAGCAGGCGGCGGAACGGGAGGACGGCGCUGGGGGCGCGCCGGGGUCGCCGACGUCGCCAUCGGGCCGCCCGCGGGCAUCGCUCGACAUGCCGGCCUCGGGCGACGGGAUCAGGUCGUCCUCGGACCCGCUCGAGGAGGCCAGGCGGCUGGACGAGGCCCACAGGAAGGUGAAGGCCGCCCUGGUCGCAUCGCCCGCGCCGCCGAAGGGCGUGCUCGAGGGCGGCGGGCAUCUGCUGGUGUGCGUUGUGGGCGACACCACGGACAGCUCGGAGCUCGCGGGCUCCGUCAUCGGCCGCAACACGAGGCCCAGUCUUGGCCCUAGGCUGUACCGCUUCCUGGCGCCGCUGCACGCCACCGCGGGCGUGCAGCCCCACCGGGCGCUCGUCAUCCUCUCCGAGGAGCUGCCCGGCGACUGGUACCGCCUCCAGGAGCUGGCCGGCGUCUACCACAUCCGCGGCUCGGCGCUCAGCCUCGACGACCUGCACCGCGCCGCCUUCCAGACGGCCAGCGCCAUCGCCGUGGUGCGGGCGCACGACAUGAUGGGGGGCACCACGGGGAAGGUCUCCGACGCGAGGGUGAUUCUGGCCUGCAGCCUCAUAGAGGGCAACCUGCCCACGGGCUCGCAGUGCGUCGUCGUCACGGACCACGCGUUUAAGGGCAGCAUGGACUUCCUCCCCGCAACGAAGGUGCCCAUCGAGCGGCCCCCUCACGAGACGGUAAACCCUUACUUCGGCGGAGAUGUGCUCGACUCCAUCAAGGGUGCACUGAGCGCCACGAAGGGGAUCCCUCCCGACGACAGCGUCGCCCUGCGCCCUCCUCGGUGCCCAGAGGACUUCGAGGAACUGGUCUCCUCCGACUUCACGUAUCACCCGCGCUACAUGCGCGGCCAGGCGUUCACAUCGUCCUUCGUGACAAGCCUGAUGGCGAGUACGCUGUAUAACCCCUCUAUCCUGGUGAUGGUCGACGCCCUGAUGCGUGCGCCGAUGAUGGUCCUGCACGUCCCGUUUGGGUUCACCCAGAGGACGUACGGCGAGUUCUGCUUCUGGCUCCUGAGCGACCGCAACAUCCUCGCCCUCGGGCUGUACCGCAGCGCCACCGCUGCAGAGGCAGACGCCACGGGCAAGCCGGUGGACGAGACCAAGCCCACCCACCACUUCGUGUACACCGCGCCGCAGGCUUUCGCCACGCGGCUGGUCAAGACGGACCAGGUCAUCGCCCUUGCGCCGUCUACCUCGUGAGGCUGCGCGGCAGAGCCGGCGGCCCGUCUCCGAGGGCGAGUGCCCGGGGCGGUCGGCGCGCGCCCGUCGAGGGCCCGUGAGGGCGAGGCGUGCUCGGAGUGGGCGUGCCGGCGACGCCAGCGUAGGCGUUCUAGGUGGAGUUCUGCGACGCGGAAGCGCCGAGGGACAUGGCGACGCCACUGGACCCGACGGAAUUCGAUCUCGAACGGUCGGGGCCGCGAUCGAUUCAAGGUUCACCGAUCGACGCAGUGUCGAAAACCUUGGCGCGUGCCGAGGACGCACGAACCUACCGUACGGGGGUAGUGCAUGGGGUGAUGCGUUCGCAUGCCGAGGAGCCUUUUCGUGGACGAGCAAGUGAUCGUCGUGCGUGGGGGGA